AUGGUCCUGGUGCGCGAAAUACAGACUACUGUUCCCUUCCUUGACACCUAUGCUAACAUGGAAAUGGGCGGGGUGGUAACCUUCGUUAUCAUUCUCAAUGUGGUAAUCGGCUUCUGGCAAGAAUAUCGCGCUGAAAAGCGCAUGGACUCUCUUCGAGCCCUCUCUUCGCCAAGCGCGACAGUCUUACGUGAUGGAAACACCGCUGUAAUUCCGAAGGUCCUCACAAUAACCAUGGUAGUUGCGGUGUCUGUCAUGAGCAAGGCCAACGUUGUCGUGCGCGAUUUGUCUGCCCUGGAAGCCUUGGGCGGUGUCACCAAUAUUUGGAAAGUCACCUACCAGAACAUUAAAGAAGAAGUAGAUGUGGAAGAGUCCCCAAAACGAGAUUACGACCAGGAAAGGAGCGCUGCGGCCCUAACCUUUGAUGUUCCGGCAGAGAAGCUUAAUUUGAAACGACCAGAUCCUUCAAGCAGUGACGUCGAGGCUGAGGUUACACCAGCUCUUCGGGCCCUGCUUCUGUCAUCGGCCCUCUGUAAUCUGGCUACCGUGAGAUACGAUGAGACGACAUCCCGCUGGCAAACCACUGGCGAGCCUACUGAGAUAGCACUUCAAGUAUUUGCGCACCGCUUUGAUCUCGGUAAAGGGGCUAGUUUCUACAGGCGCAUGUCUGUCAUCUAUGACCCUCCAUCGUCGGUGAUUGAUCUCUUUGGCGAAGGUAAUAGCAUUGUGUUUUGCAAAGGGGCUGUCGAGAGGAUCCUGGAGUUAUGCAGCUUUGCUGGUUUCGGAGAGGAUAGGCAUGCCCUUACAGAAGACUCCCUCCAAAUAGUGAUGGAGCAGACAACCAAAUUGGCUUCACAAGGCCAGCGUGUCCUUGCUAUCGCCUACCGUGAAUGGGAGGGGAAAUUCACCCUGCGCCAAUCUCCAGAGUCCGAUGCUGCCGAUGCUCCGCUACGGCGAGAAGUUGAGAACCAUCUCACCCUUCUCGGGCUUGUUGGCAUCUACGAUCCACCCUGCCGUGAAACAAAGCCUUCAAUAGCGGAAUGCUCUUCGGCAGGGAUUCGAGUCCAUAUGCUCACCGGAGAUCACCCUGAGACUGCGAAGGCGAUUGCUAAAGAGGUUGGUAUCAUACCGAAGAACCUGUCCACCCUGCCAGCAGCCACAGCCUCCUCUAUCGUCCAGAUUGCAACGAACUUUGAUAAAAUGACGGACGAGGAGAUCGACGCCCUAGAUGAGCUUCCGCUUGUGAUUGCCCGCUGCGCACCUAAUACCAAGACCCGGAUGAUAGAGGCCUUGCGCCGUAGAAACGCCUUCAUGGCGAUGACAGGUGAUGGCGUCAAUGACGCACCGUCACUUUCGCGGGCAGAUGUUGGCAUUGCUAUGGGAUCCGGGUCGGACGUCGCAAAGUCUGCCUCUAAAAUUGUUUUGGCUGACGACAAGUUCAAUUCAAUUGUGGCUGGAAUUCGGGAAGGCCGCAGAAUGUUUGACAAUAUUCAAAAGUUUGUCCUUCAUUUGUUAAGCUCCAACGUCGGAGAAGUCAUCUUAUUGGUCGCCGGUUUGGCGUUCCGUGACAGAGCUGGUUACUCUGUGUUCCCUAUUUCCCCAUUGGAGAUCCUUUGGAUCAACAUGAUUACUUCGUCCUUCCCAGCCUUUGGUCUCGGGCGUGAGGCGGCCGCUAGAAACGUUAUGUCGAAGCCCCCUCAUGACAAAAACCGAGGAGUGUUUACAAAUCAGAUCUUAGUAGACAUGGUGGUCUACGGUGUGAUGAUGGGUGCUCUGACCAUGGCUACUUUUGUUAUCGUCAUCUACGGGGCUCACGGCGGAGACUUGGGCCAAGAUUGCAAUCGACACUAUUCCGAUAUGUGUCACGGCGUCUUUCGUGCGCGGGCAGCCGUGUUUGCUGAGCUCACAUGGCUCAUUUUGGUUUCCGCUUGGGAGUUCAAGGAUCUCAGAAGGUCUCUGUUUCGCCUCCACCCGAACGACGACCCCUGA